AUGAGUCGGGCGGUGUCCCCUUUGUCACAGACUCUACACCCGAGCUCUGCUGCCACGGGAGCUUUCCAACCAAGAGACGACGUGUCCGAGCCGGAUGGCUUUCCGUCGAGACACCCCUCCCGGGACAAUGUAUCCGCUCAAUUGCUGGCCGAGAACGGAACCCCCUCGGAGAAUACAACGGACCAGGAGAAGCAGCAGGCAGCUCCUAGAAUCACACUAUUCCGGCGAGUGGGAAAGUAUAGUCUUACCAUCUUGGUCCUCGGUUUAACCCUCUUAAUUGCUGCUAUUAUCUUCCUGAUAUUUUUAUGGUGGGAAAAACAUAGCAAUACUUUCUGGAAAUGGAUCGUACUCAAGGACCGGGCAACCAUUGCAGUCACCCUUGCGGCGCUUGUUAUACAGUUGUCUAUAACAGCACAGGCUUCAGUGGCCAUGUCAAUGCUCGCUUCACUGGCUCUGGAACGUUGGAGCGUUCCCAUCGGUCAAUCCAUGACGAUCUCGACCAUGCGCUUCACAAACACAGGGCCAUUGGCUUCUUUGUUGGCCUUCUCCCAGAACAUCAAGAAUGCUGGCGGUGCCAUCAUCUUUUUACUUACCCUACUCUUAGCAAUUACCACCAUUGGCUCUCAGUUCACUUCUACAAUUCUACUCCUGGAUGUUCCACCUGGAACAGUAAUGGGACUUACCAAAUCGUCAAAUGUUUCCAUGGGUCUGACCGACUAUCAUCUAACCCAGAAAUUCACCGGCGAAAAUUACUGGGCUUCUACACCACCAGGAUACCAGGCUUUCGCCGAAGCAUCAGUACCACCGGAUAACCACACCGAAGAAAUUGUAGAUACCGGACCAACGAUCCGAGCGUUACUGCCGUUUGCUUCCGAAGCUACACGCGGAUCAUUGCAAAGCUAUAGUGGAGAGACGACUAUUUACGAUGCCCGAGUUGCCUGCGUUCGGCCGAAAUUUACGAAUACGACUCUGUUCUGGAACUCUGAAGGCUGGGUACGCUUUGCAGGCACUAUGACCUGGAGCACGCCUAUCCCCGACGUCAUAAAUCCAACGGAAAAUAUCGAAUUUGAUUGCGAAGGUCAGAACCAAGGCAACUAUACCCAUGUCGUUUGCCCAAUUAGAGGCAUGGGGCUUUCGUCCUAUGUAGAUAAGCAUAGGAGUGGAACGAAUAAGGAAGACUUAAGCCCUGGCCGUCUCCAUAUGGUACUGGCAUACAAUUCUGCUCAGACAUUCAACUUCACAAGAAACACUGGUAACACUUCGGUAAACCAUGGCUGGAUCACGUCGCAGAGUUUAUACCUUCCAAUAUAUAACAGCCCAUCAACGGAUGGCUGGGACACCACGGAAGAUGGACCCUGGUUGAAGCUGCGUCCUACUAGAUGGAUCCCGCUCGAUGGAAUAUCCUCACCGCAACCCGCGAUCAAUGCGACCAUAUGUUAUGAUGCACUGAGUAUGUCGAGCAAUAUCGAAGUCAAAAUAUCUUCGCCUUCAAACCGAACAGAGCCCGUUCUGCGCUACAACCAGAGCGCGAGUAGGUUUAUUGUCGACGACGUUGCCUUACAAGUUGGCGCUACGAAGAAUAAAAGAUCAUUGACAGACCGUGGUAUUUUGUCGCUAGAUCUUGCAGCGGUAAACGAAUUCGCAAGCAAAAUCAAUAGUAGUUCGUACCCGGCAUAUUCCAUUCCUACAUUCAUACAAGGCGUCGUCACAGACGGCAAUUUUGUUGGAGACUACAUAUUCUGCAUGGAUUGCUACUUUAGCGGGAACUUCGACCACCAACAAUUAUCGACCGCGGUCAACGGAGUCCAAGCCGCCAUCUUCCAAGAUAUUCUCAAGGAAACCAACGACCCGAGCCUCGCGCUACAAGCACAAUUAACGAACCUCGUCCGCAUGAUAUACUACGACGCACUCACGAUGUUCUCCCACAACACGACCGCCAUAACCACAACAUUUGAAACGCACGUCUACCCCAAAUACCGCCGCGGCAUCAUUGCCAUUUUCGUCAACAUCGGCGCGCACAUCGCCUUCAUGACUACAGUCAUCGCGCUCUUCGCCACGUGCACACGCUACUCGCUGCUAGACAACGCAUGGGCAGCUCUUGCGCAGAUUUCUACGCGCGCAACCGAGGGACUGCUUCGCACAGCGACGCUCAAGAGCGACGACCAAGUGCAGGCGCAGCUAAAGGAGAACGGCCGUUCGCGUGAGGCCGUGCGUAUCCAGCUUAUCGAUGGCGGCGCGGGCCGCGUCGGGGUUGUCAGCUAGGCACGGAGAUUUGCCCGCGCUUUGGUCUCAAUUUUCUUUUUAAUACUACUACUAACUACUUUCUGGUUCUGUCUGUGUGAGAAUGGUCGUGUGCGGGAAGAAGUAACGGCGACGCGCGAGCUGGUCGAAUGCUAGAUGUAACAUCUGGGGACUACCCGGUCGAGUGCUAGUUCGCCGAAGGGCACGCACUGAUAGAAGAGUCGGAAUACCUAUGUGCAUUUACAGAAAGGAGACUUGUAAUGGCAGCAAGCAGUUCGGAUUUGCGCGGAGCCGCAUUGCCAGCGGAUUGGGUGCGAGAGGCAGGAAGGAGGUUGGGCGUGGCAAGGUGGCGUUGACGAUCCAUUGGUCGAGAGGCGACGGUCGCGACUGCCACCUCCUGCGAUUUCUGCAUCUGAAACGCCAGAUGCUGAAACAACACCGCCCAAGGAUCCGCGGCUUUACGAAUGUCACUCACGUCGCUCACGCAUCUCACCAAA